CGUGAGCGCACGAACACACACAGCCCUUUUGUGUGCAGCGAUUGCGCGUCCAGGCAAGGCUCCCAUAUUCCACCUGCACUCAAUCGCCUCUGAAGGCAUUCCUUGCUACGCCCACCACAGUCCAUACCGCAUUCCAAGCUCAGCAGCGACGAUGAAUGUGCUCAAACUACAAAAGAAGUAUCCGCAAUUCCCACAGUCGGAGAUAUACAGCCUCAGCGACGCCUUCCGCAAACUCGAUGUAGACGACAAGGGCUACGUAGACGAGGGAACGGCGAUCAAGUCGGCGCAGAACACCGAGCGACAGCCGUACGAUGUGGUCCGCCAGGCAUUGAAGGAGGUCGAGCUGGACAGCAGCCGAAGAGUUGAGCUGGACGAUUAUGUGGACCUGAUUGCGCGCUUACGCCAGAGCUCGCCCGCCCAACAGCGGUCGCGCGGCUUCAGCAAUGCCAACAAGCCCGAGGGAGGAGCGGCGCCGCAAGUUCAGCACGCCGCGACACGCAGCAUAGGCAGCGGAGCGGCGGCCAAGGCGGGAAGAAUUACUGUCGGAGGCUCGACGUCCAGCUCGCAGCAUACCAUCAACGAGGAUGAGCGGACAGCAUUUACCUCGCACAUCAAUGCUGUUCUAGCGGGCGACCAGGAUAUUGGCCACCUGCUCCCAUUCCCCCUGGACACCUUCGAAAUGUUCGAUUCCUGCAAGGACGGUCUCGUUCUCGCCAAGCUCAUCAACGACAGUGUGCCGGACACCAUCGAUGAGCGUGUGCUGAACAGGCAGGGCGGCAAGAUUAAGACGCUGAAUGCUUUCCACAUGACCGAAAACAACAACAUUGUCAUCGAGUCCGCAAAGGGCAUUGGCUGCUCGGUCGUCAACAUUGGCUCGGGCGAUAUCAUUGAAGGCAGAGAGCACCUGAUCCUUGGUCUCAUUUGGCAGGUUAUCCGAAGAGGUCUGCUCGGCAAGAUUGAUAUCAGACUGCACCCAGAACUUUACCGCUUGCUGGAGGAUGGUGAAACGCUCGAGCAAUUUUUGCGACUGCCACCAGAGCAAAUUCUGCUUCGAUGGUUCAACUACCACUUAAAGAAUGCAGGCUGGCACAGAAGAGUCCAAAAUUUCUCCAACGAUGUCAAGGACAGCGAAAAUUACACCGUCCUCCUCAACCAACUCGCGCCCAGCAUAUGCUCACGAUCACCACUCCACACGUCGAAUGUCGAACAGCGCGCUGAGCAAGUGCUCCAGAAUUCCGACCGCCUCGAUCCUCCAUGCCGCAAGUUCUUGACUCCGAAGUCCCUGUGCGCCGGCAACCCCAAGCUAAAUCUUGCAUUCGUCGCCAACCUGUUCAACAAUCAUCCCGGACUUGAGCCGAUCACUGAAGAAGAGAAGGCCGAGAUUGAGGACUUUGACGCGGAGGGCGAGCGCGAGGCGCGUGUCUUUACGCUUUGGCUCAACUCGAUGAACGUGCAGCCGAGUGUGGUCUCGUUCUUCGAUGAUCUCAAAGACGGCAUCAUUCUCCUGCAAGCAUACGACAAGGUUAUCCCCGGCUCUGUGAACUGGCGUCACGUCAACAAGCCUCCCGCCAAUGCGGCCACUCCUGCCAGCCAGGAUCCUGACGAGCAAUAUCUGACCAUCAAGUCCGGCAUGUCCCGCUUCAAGGCUGUGGAGAACACGAACUACGCCGUCGAGAUCGGCAAGCAGAACCGAUUUUCUCUUGUCGGGAUUCAAGGCGCGGAUAUCACGGAUGGGCAGCGGACGCUUACGUUGGGUAUGGUGUGGCAGCUCAUGCGGAAGGACAUCACCAACACACUCUCGGCUGUCGCACAACGUAUGGGGAAGCGCGAGCUGAGUGAUGCGGACAUGGUCAAAUGGGCGAACGACAGUGUCCAGAAGGGUGGCCGUUCAUCACAGAUCCGAUCUUUCAAGGAUGGGCAAAUCGCUUGCGGCGUUUUCUUGCUCGAUGUGCUCAACGGCAUGAAGAGCAGCUAUGUCGACUACGACCUCGUGGCUUCUGGAAGGACGGACGAGGAAGCAUAUGCCAAUGCCAAGCUAGCGAUUUCUAUUGCACGAAAGAUGGGUGCAACGAUCUAUCUCGUGCCGGAGGACAUUACCAGUCUGCGCACGAGACUCAUCCUGACCUUUAUUGGCAGUCUGAUGGCUACUGCGGAGAAGCUUGGUUCAUAAGACAUUGGCACGAUGGAAGCAUGGUGGUUUGUGUUGGAACAGCGCGGCGUCGUGGUAGUCGAUGUGUGCACAAUGGGAGGGGGGCGUCGGAUGAUAGAUAGCAUGAGAGUGAAAAGUAGGCAAUCGAGCGCAUUGACGACAUGUCUCCUGCAACG